AUGAAGCGGUUUAUAAUUUUAUUGGUCAUGUCUACGGCUCGUUCUAGAGAAUUACCUCUAGCUGAAGAAUGUGUGGAAAGUUUCUGCAAGCCACCGAAUUGUAGAUGCUCUUCGACUAAUAUUCCCGGUAAUUUAGCUCCUAGAGACACGCCACAGUUCGUCAUCGUCAGUUUUUCGGAUGCCAUCAACAUUGUCAACAUUGGUACUUAUCGACAAGUAUUGUAUGGAAGAAGAAACAGUAACGGCUGUAAUGCAGGAGCUACCUUCUUCGUUACCCACGAGAAUAACAAUUACCAGCUCGUCAACGAACUUCAUAAUCAAGGAUUCGAAAUCGCUUUGCAUUCAAUCACGAAAUCUAUACCUCAAUCUUAUUGGGCAGAAGCAACGUAUGAUAUAUAUUAUAAAGAAUUUGCUGAACAAAUUUUUCAAAUGACUGCUUUCGCUAACGUGUCUCGAAGUGCUAUCAAAGGUAUGAGAAUCCCAUUCCUACAGAUGGGUGGCAAUGCAAGCUUUGAACUAGCCCUCGAUUUAGACUUAUACGACAAUACAUGGCAAACGAAUGCAUUCACUGGUCCAGGUCUUUGGCCUUAUACGUUGGAUUUCGCGUCGAUUCAAGAAUGCAUCAAUCCCCCUUGUCCUACUGCGUGUCUACCUGGUGCUUGGGUACUGCCUUUGAUUUCUUGGAGGGACUUGACUGGAUCACCUUGCACUGUUGUUGAUGCUUGUUAUAGUAGUCCAGACCAAGAUGAUGAAGAUAGUUGGUAUGGAUUCAUGCUUUCAAACUUUGAGAGACACUAUCUGGGGAACCGAGCACCAUUCAACAUUUACAUCCAAGAAUCGUAUGUCAACUCAUUUCCGGCCAUAAAAAGAGCCUUUACAAGAUUUUUAGACUUGAUCAACAACUUACAUGAUGUUUUCCAAGUAAAUUCAUACGAAGUAAUUAAAUGGGUAAAAAAUCCAUUACCGCUCAAUGAGUACAGAGAGAAGCCAUGCCAAGAACCUUUUGCUCCGAUUGAUUGUACAGCGACUCAAUGUGGACCUUUGGCGGCUGAACACAAUGGAAAUGAGUACUGGAUGAAAAUUUGUACCGAUCUCUGUCCAACAAGUUACCCCUGGUAUGGAAAUCCUUUGGGGGCAUGAACUUUAAAGAUGUAGCUUACCUUAACUUACAAGAUUUAACUUACCCGAAC